CUACACUCUUGGGACCACUGAUAAGCAAGAGACACCAACACUGUGACAUAUGCCGGUGCCACCACCGCCACCACCACCUCCUCCGCCUCCACCUCCUCCGCCUCUGGGGGCCCCUCCUCCUCCACCCCCACCAGGACCCCCGAUCAGUACAGACACACCCAGCUUAAGGAAGACAGAUCUGAAAGGUCGGAGUGCACUGUUGGCUGAUAUCCAGCAAGGAACACGCCUGCGAAAAGUCACCCAGAUCAAUGACCGCAGUGCCCCGCAAAUCGAGAAUUCAAAGGGAACCAACAAAGAUGGAGGGAGUGCUGGCAGCAAUGCCCGGGGAGGAAACACACCGCCUGCUCUGGGAGAUCUCUUUGCUGGUGGCUUUCCUGUGUUAAGACCAGCAGGCCAGAGGGAUGUGGCAGGUGGCAAGACAGGGCAGGGCCCUGGCUCCCGAGCGCCUUCUCCCCGACUCCCCACCAAAGCCAUCAGCAGCCCCCUUCCUGCCCCUGCAUCUCCCAGGCUGGGCAAUGCCCCAGAGGUGCACAGCACUUCCAGACCGGUCCCUCCUCGCCCCAGUGUGCCUGCCCCACCACCUCCUACCCCGCCCCCGCCCCCGCCCCCGCCCCCUCCACCCUUGCCCCCAGCCUCCCCCAACAAAGUCCCAUUGGUAUCCCCACCUGUCCCUCCAACCAAGGGGAAUCCCCCUGUGGUGCCACCCCCUGUACCUGGCACACCCCCUCCCCCUCCCCCUCCGCCCCCGAUCCCGCCCCCACCCCCGCUACCCCCAGCUGCAGUACUUAGUGACAAAGCUGUGAGGCCCCAACUAGCUCCACUGCACCUGCCGCCCAUCCCGCCCCCACUCCCUCUCCUCCCACCCUACGGGUACCCAGGGCUGAACACAGAGCCCAGCAGCCCUGCACAGGAGCUUCGGGAGCCUCCAGCCCCUCCACCGCCGCCGCCGCCGCCGCCGCCGCCGCCGCCACCACCACUCCCGAUCUAUGCCUCCUGCUCCCCCAGGGCCGCGGUGCCCCCACCCCUCUUGCCAGGCUCCAACAACAGCGGCCAUGAGACUCCUCCUCCACUGCCGCCCAAGUCCCCAAGCUUCCAGGUGCAAAAGCCCUUGCCCACUCCUCCGGGUGUGCCUGGCCCUCAGGCCAUGCUGCAGAAGAAGCGGCGAGGCCCAGGAACCAGUGGGGGGAAGCUAAACCCACCUCCAGCCCCACCUGCAAGAUCGCCCACCACAGAGCUUUCCAGCAAGAGCCAGCAGCCUGGAGGCCAGCUGCGGAAUGGAAGCCAGCCCGUGAUUGAUGACUUCGAGUCUAAAUUCACGUUCCACUCCAUGGAAGACUUUCCCCCUCCAGAUGAAUUCAAACCAUGUCAGAAGAUAUACCCCAGCAAGGUCCCCAGAAGCCGCACACCUGGUUCCUGGCUCCAAGCUGAGACGGCUGGGCAGAGCUCGGAUGACAUCAAAAGCAGAAAUUCUCAGUUAUCUCUGAAGGCACUCCGGUAAGAUGAACGG